UUUUUUCCCCUCAUUCUGCUGCACGUUUGGUUCCCAGAGCCCUGACCUCCUCUCUCUGUUUGCUGCCUCUCACUGUAGUCUCUCUGGACCAUCUUUUCCUUGGCAUCUUGGAUCUUUCUUGCCUCUGUUCUGCUUCCUUUUCUGCAUCGAAGUUUUCGUGGCUUCUACUAAGUAAAGCGAUGGCGUUAGGACAGGCUGGGACGUUUGCUUUGGUGGUCGCAUUUCCAGGGGUGAUCGCUUUUAUUCUUGGAAUUGUUGCUGAGAACAGCAAGCCGACGGGUGACUUGGCUGUGAAAUUGGUCAGCGCAAGUGGGCAAACAACUUGCUUGUACCCGAAAGAUCCUACACCUGCUCUGGGCACCCUGGCUGCAAUUCUACUCUUCAUUUCUGCCACCAUUGCUGUGGUCUCUCUUGUGUACCCAUAUGAAGGAAAACGCAUUUCCAUCAAGAACCUCGCAAAGAGUGUUGGACUGGUGACUUUCGUUGUUCUGUCUCUAACCCUCUUCCUUGUCGCGGAAUCCCUACUCCUCUGGGCUACGGUACUUGAGAGCGUCCACCGCAGCCACAAUCACCAUAGUGCUAUCCCAGGCUUUUGCCCCACUGCUAAGGCUGGUUUGUUCGGAGGAGCUGCUUUUAUGGCUUUGGACUCGACCCUCUUCUGGCUCAUUUGUUUGAUGUUGGUUGUAAACGCUCGGGCUGACCACUUUGGCUAUGAGGAGGAAGAUGUGAAGGGAACCUACGAGGGUGUGACAUCUGCUGAUUAUGUUCCACCAAUUAGUACACAUAUCACACCCAAAGUAUAAUUUUUUCAAUUCAGUUGGCAAUCCUUUCACGCUCUAAAGAUUCACCUGAGAAUUAAGGGAGUUGAUUUCAACUCUGUAUUCCCCUUAACGUGCUCAGGCAAUAACUCUGCAGACCCGAGAGGUUGAUUAUAUACAGGCAAUCACUAGGCCAUCCCGCACUUCUGCUUAUGGUGGGAGUUGGAUUUUGGCAGCUGGCUUGUGAGCAUGACUACUCACGUUCUGGAUGAAUAAUUGCACUUUGUAGUUUGUAAUAUAUAAACCAUUAACUUCUUUGUAAACUUCUCAAUGUGCUACAUAAGCCUAAAAUGUGGCAGUUUUUUAAGUAA